GAUGAUGCUUGGCGUUCGUCAAGCACCAGCACCGACAGCGUCCAUCAAUAGCAGAUCAUAACGUGGUAGGUGACUACGGCAGAUUGAAAGUCUUCCUUAGCACCACCGCAAAAACAACCCCUCCAAGACCCUCAACCUACCCCAUCAGUGCCCUCGCUGCGACAUACCCCGUGAAGGCAUAGAUCGGCAUGAAGCGACACUCGCUGCGGAGUGUGGUCUCGGAGGCACUUCGCACGAGCUCUCUGUGAUGCUCAACCAAUACCUGGGAUGUCGGUGCGACCUUCCGCUCUUCGAAGCUCAAUCACGCAUGCUUGCGGCGAGGUCUGGAAGAAGGUGCAGUGUUUCGCUGACACUGUUACUGGAACUAACCCGGGACUUUGGCUUCAAGCUUAUCGUACAACUUCAGGCGUAUAUUUCACCUUGGUAGAGUGCAGAAUUGUGGCGGCAGCAGAUACACCAGCGAGGAGCCUUCCCACCUUCCAAGAUCUCUGACUCUGGCGGUGCCAGCGGCGAUCACGAAAUUUUCGGCGAAAAGAACCCAUCCACCAAGUCCGCACAAGUUAUGUUUGAAUGAAGGUCUCACAGUCACGGCAACGUUUUCAUCACGCAUCGUGAAGUAAGCUAGCUUUGGACGGGAUGAAAUAUCAUCUAGCCUCCAGAAUGGCGAGGUCUCACUCCAGCGUCAUCGGUAGUUCAUGGCAGUGAGUGGCCAUCGGAAGCACUGAUUGCCAUGGUCUCUGCGUAUUGUAUACACCACUGCAAUGACUAGGAAAGAGGUUUAGGGGUGGCUAGGCCCGCCUCCAUAUCUGUUCAUACUACAAGCCCAAGUUUGAGAUGU